AUGUACCGUGACAAAACUAACGCAAAAGAAAAUAGAAGACGUGACACGAGGACGUAUCGUGAUUACAGAAAUACAGAACAAAACGAAUCACAGGAGACGAAGAUGUACCGUGAUAAAAGUUACAGAAACACAAAAGAAAAUGGACGUCGUGAUAUGAGGACGUAUCGAGAUCAAACUUAUAUUAAUACAAACGAAAAGAAGAAAAAUUACAGAAAUACAAAUAAAUACGAAAGAGAAAAUUAUACGAGGAGGAAUCAUUAUGUAAACUAUACAAAUACGAAUAAACAUGAAACAUAUGAAAAAAGGACUUAUCAUAAUAAAACUAGAAUACAAAAAAACAGAGGAGCACAGCAAGCUCAACAUGGAAGAAGAAACAAACAAUGGACUCAGGUGACUUACAACCACCGUGAGAAACAAGAAAAUUCGGUGCCUGAUGCAAAUUUUUUCGGGAACGUAUGCAAACUAGUUAGGGAUUGA